AUGGCCAAUAUCCACGCCUUCCACAGAGUCAUUACGGCUUUCCUAAUAAUCAAUACUGUCAAUGCAUUUAAUGCCCUGCUAGAUGUGCCUACAUGGUGUGGGAAGCCAUACAUGGACACGACUCAAUCUCUUGAUCCCGGAGGCCAAUUUCAAUUUCCCACGCCACAAAAGGGCCCAUUGCUAUCCGUCACUAUUCAGCCACGAUACAGUAUCUUCCUCGAAAGCGAUGGAUCUGGCGAUUUUAUUGUUGAUGCGGUAAUAUCCCAUCUCUUUGGCCAACCCUUCAGCAAUGUGGCUGGGGGUAACUCAUCGUCUGAUGGUGAAACCACCCAGUCUGCCACAUUGGACUUUGAAAUCCAUAAUGGGGAGGACGGAGCGCUUCUUGUGUCUAGCUCAGUUCAUGUGAACUCGGCCAGGAACCUCUUCAAUUUUAGCCUGUCCUCGUUUUCUCCUCGUUUUGAGCCGUAUCCCAUAUCCAUCAAAGGGACUGUUAGCAGCGGCCAACAAAACUACACCGGCACCACCCAAAUUUAUGUCCUCCCCUCCCGGUCUUACGGUAGUGCGGUGAAAAUCGACAAUGUCUAUGGGGGACUUUACGUUCAAAAUGCAUUCAACAAGUGGAAAGGCUGGUACGCCAUCUUCCCCAAUGGGUACUAUGCAGAUGGUGGCUACGUAACGCCUUCUAACAUUAGCUUUACCAAUCUGGAUACUUACGCCGCCCAAGGGUUCAACUCCAUCAAUAUAGUACCGGAUGGUGGGCGUCCGGACCAGUCAUAUCCUACAGCCGAAUUGGCUACAUACUGGGAUCAUAUGGACGACAUUAACCUCUUCAACAUAUAUGACAUGCGAUUUACCUUCCAAAAUGCAACCAGAGUUGAAGAAGAAGUCGCCCGCUGGAAGAACCGCACUACACUUUUAAUGUGGUACACAGCCAACGAACCCGAUGGCUGGUCCUACCCCCUGAACUCUACCUCAAUCGCAUACACACAACUUCGGACGCUCGAUCCAUACCACCCGGUAUCCCUAGUUCUAAACUGCCAAAACUACUACUACGCAUCGUACGCCUCAGGCGCAGAUAUAAUCUUCCAAGACGCCUAUCCCGUAGCAAUAAAUGCCACGUAUUCCAUAAAAUGGAACACUCCCUGUAACACCACGUACGGCGAUUGUGGAUGCGAUAACUGCGUUGGUGAACUUACGGAUGUUUCAUCGCGGUUAGAUGAUUUCCAGAAGUACCAGGAAAAUAUCCCGUCCAGCAGUGGUGGCCAUGGCGGAAAGAAACCAACAUGGUCAGUCCUCCAAGCUUUUGGUGAACAGGAUUACUGGAAAGCUAUUCCAACCGCGAAGGAAGUUGAGAAUAUGAUGAUGUUAUCCGUUAAUCACGGGGCGAAGGGGAUUAGUUAUUGGGAAUAUCCAAGUACGAAUGAGGUCAAUGUGGGUAGUGGAGCUUUGGGGAAGGUGUUCCAGGAGGAGCUAGCGAUUGGCUUUUUGUUGGGGGCGGAUCCGAUCAAGGGAUUGAAUGUCGAGGGUGGUGGGCAGGAGAUGGCAGAUGCUAGUGCGUGGGUUGUUGGAGAGAGGGUUUUGGUUGGUGUCGCGAAUGGGAAGCACGAGGACUCUGAGACUACGGUGAGCGUUUCGAUGCCUAGGGAUAUGAAUGUGAGUUCUGUGAAGGUGUUGUAUGGCGAGAUGGGAUGGAGGGUGGACGAUGGGAAGUUGGUUAAGAGGGGGAUGAGGAGACUUGAGGUCAGUGUUUUGGUGUUGACUUGA